GGUCUGUUUGGUGUACCAGAACUUAAUUGUCCAGAAGGAUUUCAAGAAGCUCAAAAAAACUCAUUGCAAGAAGCAGAACGACUGGUCCAAAAAGCAUGCGUUACACCUCCUGGAAAAGAGAUUGUGGUGGUUUUUGAUCAGCUCUCCGAUGCUUUAUGUAGAGUAGCAGAUCUGGCUGAUUUUGUGAAAAUAGCCCACCCUGAUCCUGCUUUCAGAGAUGCUGCUGAGGAAGCCUGCAGAAGCAUUGGUACUAUGGUAGAAAAAUUAAACACAAAUGUAGAUUUAUGUCACAGUCUGAGAAGAUUGUUAAUUGACAAAGAUGUUAUGGAUUCUCUUGACCCUGAAACAAGGCGAGUGGCAGAGCUUUUCAUGUUUGAUUUUGAGAUCAGCGGUAUUCAUUUGAAUGAAGAACAGCGCAGGAAUGCAGUAAAUCUUAAUGUCAACAUUUUGGAUUUAUGUAAUGAAUUUCUCCUGGGGUCUCAUCUUCCAAACAAGAUUGAGAAGACUGUGUUACCAGAACAUAUUCGCCACAACUUUGCCGUUGAAGGCAGUUUUGCCCAAAUCAGUUGUCUCAGUGCAGACAGUCCAGAUGACUUGAGACAGUAAUGCAGUUUCUGACAAAGCUUUCGGAUAAAUUAUCCAGCCGCACUCAAAAGGAUUUUGAAAUGAUGGAAAGUAUGAAAAUGAAGCUGUGUCCUAUCAGAUCAAAAUUAAUGCCUUGGGAUCACCCAUACCUUAGUGGUGUCUUGCGUGCUGAGAGGUAUAAUAUUGAACCAAGUCUAUAUUGUCCCUUUUUCUCUCUUGGGGCAUGUAUGGAUGGACUGAACAAUUUGUUCAAUAAGCUUCUAGGAAUCUCUCUCUAUGCUGAACAGCCUGAGAAGGGAGAAGUGUGGUGUGAGGAUGUUCGUAAACUGGCAGUUGUCCAUGAACAAGAAGGAUUAUUGGGAUAUAUUUACUGUGACUUUUUUCAAAGGCCAGACAAGCCUCAUCAGGAUUGUCAUUUUACAAUCCGUGGAGGCAGACUGCAAGAAAAUGGAGAAUAUCAACUUCCUGUCGUUGUCAUUAUGCUAAGUUUGCCUCAGCCCAGUAAUGGUUCACCAACGUUGCUCACACCUGGAAUGAUGGAGAAUCUCUUCCAUGAAAUGGGGCAUGCUAUGCAUUCUAUGCUGGGAAGAACACGUUAUCAACAUGUCACAGGUACAAGGUGUUCUACUGACUUUGCUGAAGUUCCUUCUAUCUUAAUGGAAUACUUUGCAAAUGAUUACAGAGUGGUGAACCAGUUUGCAAGACAUUAUAAAACGGGUCAG